AUGGCUUUCCUGGGGGAUGGGAACCACACUACAGUGACACGGUUCAUUUUAUUGGGAUUAACAGAUGACCCAGCCCUUCAAGGAAUCCUGUUCUUCAUCGUCCUGUGCAUUUACCUGGUGACCCUGCUUGGAAACCUUAGCACAAUCCUGCUAAUCAGAGUCUCCCCUCAGCUCCAUCACCCCAUGUAUUUUUUUCUGAGUCACUUGGCUUCUACUGACAUAGGGAUUUCAUCUUCUGUGACACCCAACAUGCUUGUUAACUUCCUGGUGGAGAAGAAUACCAUUUCCUACCUCGGGUGUGGCAUCCAGCUUGACUCAGCUGCUUUCUUUGGGCCAAUGGAGUGUUUCCUUCUGGCUGUCAUGGCUUAUGAUCGUUUUGUGGCAAUCUGUAGCCCACUUCUUUAUUCAACCAAAAUGUCCACACAAGUUUGUAACCAGUUGCUUGUUGGAUCUUAUGUAGGUGGUUUUCUGAAUGCUUCCUCCUUUACCUUUUCUUUCUUUUCUUUUGUUUUCUGUGGGCCAAAUAGAGUCAACCACUUUUUCUGUGAUUUUUCCCCUUUAACUGAACUCUCCUGUUCUGAUGUCAGUGUCCCCACAAUUGUUAUUUCAUUUUCUGCAGGCACCGUUACUGUGAUCACAUUAUUAAUCAUAGCUGUCUCCUACACCUACAUCCUCAUCACCAUCCUGAAGAUGCCCUCCACUGAGGGCCGCCAGAAGGCCUUCUCCACCUGCACCUCCCACCUCACUGCAGUCACUCUUUACUAUGGGACUGUCACAUUCAUUUAUGUGAUGCCCAAGUCCAGCUACUCCACUGGCCAGAACAAGGUGGUAUCUGUGUUCUACAUGGUAGUGAUCCCCAUGUUGAACCCAAUUAUCUACAGUCUCAGGAAUAAUGAGAUUAAGGGAGCUCUGAAGAGACAGCUUAGUAAGAAAAUACUUGCUUAG